CCCGGAGACCAGUGACUAAAUCAGACCAGCAAUUCCGUCUACUCCCAUUAACCAAACUCUAAUGCCUCACAUCAUGCCAUUUUUACCCUUCCUAAAUGUCCUCAGCCUGAGGAGGGAACUGGAAGGAACGAACGCAGAAAUCUUCACCUGGGGAUGUGACGGGUACAGCGAAAGCACCAAGCAGUGGAGUGACUUGUGUGAUGAACAAGUUGGGGCGAUGGUCCGGGUCACAUCGACCGAUGAAGCAGCCACAGUUGUUCGCUUUGCCGCAUACCACAGAAUCCCUUUCACGGUCAAAGGAGGAGGUUACUCCACGACCGGUGCCUCGAUCACCCACGGUGGUAUUGUCUUGGAUCUUUCCAACCUACGAAGGGUCCAUGUCAAUCCGGUAUCUCGAAUAGUCACCGCUCAAGGCGGCGCCCUGUGGGAAGAUAUCGAUGUCGCAGCAGCUCAACAUAAGCUAGCAGUCGUCGGAAGCACACUGAAUCACAUCGGGGUGGCAGGAGCAACAUUGGGAGGAGGUUAUGGAUGGCUAACUGGCCGGUAUGGCUUGGCGAGUGAUAACUUGCUCUGGGCGAGGAUGAUCUUAGCCGAUGGCAGCGUGAUCCUCGUAUCGGAAGAGCAACAUCCAGACCUAUUUUGGGCCAUUCGAGGUGCAGGCCAAUGCUUCGGGGUGGCCAUUGAGUUAGCAUUCCGAGUUCACAGACAGGAUCACCCUGUAUUCGCUGGGACUCUUCUCUUCUCGGCGGAUAACUUACCUGCGAUUGUUGAGUUUGCCAACAAGUUCGAUAUUCUCACAGAUGGUAAUCAGGGAUUCUGGUUCGGGUUUGCCAUGCCGUCUUCAAUAGAUCGGUGCGCCAUCUUCGUGGCUGUCUUCUAUAAUGGGGACCAGACAGCCGCACGGAAGUUCUUUUCUCCAUUGUUUUCAAUAGGACCAGUGGUGGAUGAGACCGGAAUGCUGCCAUACGAUAGUCUCAGUGGCAUACUAAACGUGAUGGAUACAGUGUCUCGACGCAAAAUUCUUAAGGGGGCCGAUAUCACCCUCCCUGGUGAUGAAACCGUGGGUACUCGAAAAAGUCUUCGAGGAUCAAACAUUACUCUUCCCCUGGAUAUCAAUUUUGUCACAUCCAUAUACAGCGAAUUUGAUGGCAUCUUAAGAGAGUUCCCACAAGCCAGGGACAGCAUAUUGCUCUUUGAACUCCUGCCAAACACACAGAUCACCAAAGUUCCCAAUGAUGCCACCGCAUUUGCCAGCCGCGGUCCUUAUCAUAAUGUCAUUUCUCUAUUUGCAUGGCAGGAUGCAGAUCUGGAUGAGAGAAUGCACUCACUGCAAGACGAUAUCAUGAACCAGAUUGGGACACGUGGAGGUAUCGCAUGCAAAGUCGAUUAUAGCGUUCUGAAGCACGGGACAGGAUUAUACGCGAACUAUGCUGGACAUGACCUGCCCAUAGAGGCAAUAUUUGGAGAUAAUCUUCCACGUCUCCGAGAGUUGAAGAAGAAGUAUGAUCCUAAUAACAUAUUCAAAAAGUGGCACAACCUCCACACGUCCACGGUUACCCGGGAUAGCAUUUAAAUUGUAUGAAUAGGAUAUAGAAUUAGGG